CCCCCCCCCUCUUUCUUCUCUCCCUGCUCGGCUGCACAUUCCCCUCUUCACCUACCUCGAACUCAUUCUCCAGAAGCUUUCUUCCUAAAGCUGUUUUGAGGCGACCAGCUUACGAGCGUGAUAGUUGUUGCGAGCGCGCUAACACUUACUUCCCAACGAGUUUCUCUGCUCCAACACACCAUUGAAGCUUGGUGACAUUCCGUCUCAAUUAGACGCUAAAUUCGUCGGAUCAGAGCCCUUGGCGGUCUAACUUUCGAACUACAAAAACAAAAUGCCUGCUACUUCAGGGCCCUUGACGCCCGGCCUGGCGUCCUUCCUCAAGACAUUGAGGACUAACCCCAUUGACACAUCCAUCGACAAUCUGAUCUCGCUCCUCAAGCGCAGACAAAUCCGCCAUUCCAGAUCGUGUGCUACUGCGACUGCAUACCUGCUGCGCGGUGUUAUAUCGGCCUCUAGAACAAACGACGCCAACAAGCUGAUUGAGAGAGUGCAGAAUGUUGGAAGACGGCUCAUGGCAGCUCAGCCCCGGGAGAUGGUGGUCGGCAACAUCGUCAGGCGCGUGCUCGGAUUGAUUCGUGACGAGGCCGAAGACGACCGUGAGGGCGACUUCAACCUUAGCGAAGCUGGCUCUGAAAGCCAACCUCAAACCCCUCGUGGUCUCGACGAUCCCGCCGAUGUUCUUUCCGCUCGCCAUGACGGCUCCGACCGUGGCGCAUCGAGACAACCCUUGCCUGCCCUGACCGCCGCCCCAAUCUCUAUGUUUAGUCUGCUUUCGCAUCCCGAUACCGAGAACUCCUUGCCUGGAACCCCCGUGUCCGCGUCGCCCUCCGGUCGGCUAUUAGGCCACGCGCCCAGCAAAGACAUCCGGGCUGAAGUUCUGGACGGUAUCAGCGAGAUCAUCGACGAACUGACGCAGGUCGACGACCAGAUUGCGGCUUAUGCUCUGGACCACAUUCACUCCAACGAAAUUAUCCUCACUCACACCUCAUCGACCACGGUCCAGAAAUUCCUGCUGAAGGCCGCUGCCAAGCGGAAGUUCACGGUCAUCCAUGCCGAAGCCUUCCCCAACAACCACGAGGCGACGCACGCAACCGUCAGCGGGGCCAACCCCCACGACGACGAACUUCUGAGCACUGAAUCCUUCCAGAAGCCUUUGAUUGCUCUGGGCAUCACCGUCAUCCUCAUCCCUGACUCCGCGGUAUUUGCGCUCAUGUCCCGUGUCAACAAGGUUAUUCUAGGCACGCACUCCGUUCUGGCCAACGGCGGACUGGUCGCCUCAGCCGGUACUCGGGUCAUCGCUCGCGCCGCCAAGGUGCAUCAGACCCCUGUUGUUGUGGUGAGCGGUGUAUACAAGUUGAGCCCGGUCUAUCCGUUUGACUUCGACUCGUUGAUCGAGUACGGAGACGCCAGCAAGGUCAUCAGCUACGAGGAUGGCGACUUGGUGGAUCAGAUUGACGUGCAGAACCCGCUGUACGACUAUGUUCCGGCAGAACUGAUCGACCUCUACAUCACGAACUUGGGAGGACAUGCGCCAUCUUACCUGUACCGUAUUGUUUCGGAUCACUACCGCAAGGAGGAUAUCAGUGUCUGAAGCCUGGCCAAUAAAGGCAGAAUCACAUAAAAAAUUACAAUGGCGAAAGAAAAGCGGAUUUAUGAACAAUUGGAUUGCUCAUGGCCGGACGAAGGUCACAUGCCAAAAUGGAUAUAAAAGGCGUAAGGAAUUAUCAUAGACAAUAUAAGAGACGAUACCCAAGGCGUUUGUUACACAAAGGGACUCAUCGAAUGCGGUCUGCAGCGACCCAGUAUGAGUAUAAUCGAGCAUUUCCAAGAACUACGUCAAGAUUACAGAGAGUAAGUUUUUUUUUUUUUUUUUUAUUUU